AUGUUCUUUCUUACCGUCAAGAAAGUAGUCGACGCAUGUAUCAGGGAUAAACUAAUUGUCUCGCUAGAAGCACAAACUGAACAACAGAUAAAAGAAUCUACUGACUGGGAGGAGAAAGAUUUUUUAUGUAAGAACGUUAUACUAAAUGGUUUGACUGAUGAUCUAUAUGACUACUACAGCACAAUGAAGACAACAAAGGUGGUCUGCGACGCCUUGCAAAAGAAGUACGACACCAUGGAGGCUGGGUCAAAGAAAUAUGAUGUUAGUUGUUAUCUCAAGUUCCAGAUGAUGGAUGACAAAUAUGUGGAGGCCCAGUCCCACAAACUACAGAAGAUAGCCUAUGAGAUAAUAACUGAAGGUAUGCCUCUAGACGAACAAUUCCAAGUUGCUAUUAUUAUUGAUAAGCUGCCCCAUUUGUGGAAGGACUUUAAGAACACGUUGAGGUAUAAGACCAAGGAGCUUUCCUUAGAGAGUCUCAUCACUCAGCUAAGGAUUGAGGAGGAAGCCCGGAAGUAG